AGUUGUAAACUAGGUUACCAAGAACAAUUUGUCAGAAUCGCCAUUACCUAGUAUACCCUAACCCACCCACGACCAUAUCCCUAAAACCCAGAUACCCACCCACGACCAUAUCCCUAAAACCCAGAUACCCACCCACGACCGCCAACCGGACGACCCACACCAGUCACCCCUCGCCGGCAUCUCUGUUCAGUCGCCACUCGCUAGAGUUCACUCACUGCCUCACUCGCUGUUCGCAUUUCGCCACUGCUGCAGUGCUGCCGAGAAGUAAAGCCACUAACGGCCACCGCCCACCGUGAACUUUGAACACCACCAUACUAAACCACCUUCAAUUCAAUUUCAGGAUAUCCAGAAACUUCAAUUAAUUUGGUUUUUUGCUGAUAUAAAUGGCUACUAUGUCCGGGCUGCUGUCAAAUUGUUCAGUUUUGAGUCAUAUUAAUGGCAAGGCAAUGGUUUCUUUUGGAUAUUCAAUGUCUACGGAAGCCAAAAAUAGGGACUUGAUUACUUGUAAUUUUGUAACUAAAAAGAUUUCAUGGGUAAAAGUUGAUUCUUUUGAUUUGGAGCGGAUUCGGCCUCGAUUUUCAAUGUCUAUAGGAGGAAAUUAUGGGAUAAAGAUUGAUGAUGAGUAUGAUGAGGAUCCAUUUUGGCUAUGUUUGUUAAAAGAUACUAUCAGGGGUUUGAAGUCAUUGCUUGCUUUCCUUGUUGAACAACCUGGGCAAUUGAAAUACAUUGAAUGGCCGAGUUUCCAAGACACGUUGCGAACAGCCACUCUCACCCUUAUACUAGUUGCAGCUCUUAUUGUUGCUUUGUCUUCAAUUGAUUCUGCUCUUUCCUAUGUAUUGGUGUUGAUUCUGAGAAAACCUGCAUGAUGCAAGCUGUUAUGAUCGACUCGACUCCGGCCUCAUAUUUACUGCACAUUUGUAACAGCGAAGGAGAUUCCCUGCAUGGUCACAGAGUUUAGUCUUCCUUAACGUUACAAGGCACAAGAAGAUAUGUAUCAAGAUCAGCGUACAGUGUAGAUAGGUCAAGGGGCCCUUGUUUAAUACUCUCGAAAGUUGCUAAGAGAAGUUUCCUUUCAUCACAUUAAUUAGUCUCUUUAACGAUACAAUUUUAUUAGAUCACUGUUUUUUUCGGCUAUAUAGCGCCGUAAGGACACUAAUGUAUGUGUGUAAUUGAUCAUGGAGACGACUGUUGGCAAUUUUGGCCCUCAAUUUGUAUAAUGAAUAUGGUGAUUGUCAUGGAGAUAAGUGGCACCCUAAUUCAAGGUCGCAACUCGCAAGUAGAAGUGUCUUAUUAUCAUUGAUAUUGAUAGGAGUACUAAACAAAGAAGUUACUAUAACAAAUUUCAAUUAUGGGAUUGUGAUUUGUAUGCUGCAAAGUUACACAUUUUGCAAUAUUAGAGGAACACUAAAUUGUAAAAUCGUGCUAUAUUGAUUUUGAUUUCUCGUAAUCGAGGAAAUUUAGAUUUGGAUCUACUUAAACAA